CCGGCAGGUGUCAGCACCGAGUGCGCAAGUAACCGAGAGAAGAACACAGCGAGGAUGACGUCAUAGCGGAAGUUAAAGAGCUCCGGUUGUUUUCGUUUGUUAACGUUUGGUUUUGGCGACAAUUGCUCACAAAAAAAAAUUAAAAAUCGCUGAAUUUCACGGCGAUCGCAAAGUUUCGUUUUUUCCAGGACAUGUCUGGAUUAGAAACACAGAAGCCGGACGGGACCUUUUGAUAAAAAAAAAAAAAAAAAAUGCCAUCAAACUCCAUCUAAAGGAAGCUCAGAUUGAGAUUUAAAAGUGAACCAUGAAGACUUUGAUGGUGUUCGAUUUCGACCACACGGUGGUCGAUGACAACAGCGACACUUGGGUGAUCAGCCGAACACCUCGGAGUCAUAUAACAUGCCGAACACCUCGGAGACAUACAACAUGAUGCCUUCCGGAUCAGAGUUUGCCCGACAAGGUGAAGCAUUCUUACAGGAAAGGCCACUGGACUGAGUUCAUGGCGACAGUCAUGAACUACAUAGGGGAGCAGGAAGUGAGCGCCGACCAUAUCCGCAGCGUGAUGGAGGACAUCCCCUUCACGCCGGGGAUGAGCGACCUGCUGAGGUUCAUAUCGGAGAACAAAAGGUGGGUGGACUGCAUUGUCAUCUCCGACGCCAACACCCUCUUCAUCGACUGGAUCCUGCGGGCGGCGGGCCUGGGGGCGGCGGUGGACCAGGUGUUCACCAACCCCGCCAGCGUCAACGAGCGGGGGCGGGUGGAGCUGCGCUGCCACCACGCCCACGACUGCGCCCGCUGCCCCGUCAACCUGUGCAAGAGGAGGGUCCUGGAGGUCUACCUGGCCGAGCGCGCCCAGUACCGCCGCGUCUUCUACGUGGGCGACGGCGGCAACGACCUCUGCCCCACUUCCUGCCUGCGCCGCUGCGACGUGGUGAUGCCCAGGAAGGGCUACACGCUGGAGAAGCUGCUGGCCAAGCAGGACAACGCCCACGCCCCGGGGGCCCGGGUGGUUUCCUGGAGCAGCGGCACCGAGAUCCUGCAGGAGCUGAAAGCCAGCUUGGCGUCCUAACCUCCCCGUUCCUACCCUACCCCCCCCCCCCCCCCUUCGCCUCGCACUCCACUGUUUUGAAAUGGUUUUACUUUCACUUGACAAAAUGAAACUUGUUUUUAAUAACGGGAAUCAGGGAGGAGCGUGGAAAAAAAAACACGAGUCAGCAAUAACAACAAAAUAAAGCUCGCUCUGGGUCGUAUUUGAA